ACCAUAAACCUUCCACCCCAAGCGCACGUUAGUACGGUGCACUAAAGGCGCACGUUAGUAUCGUGCACCCGGAACCAUGAGCGGACGAGCCCAUGUCAAGCGAUCCAAACCCACCUCACCACCUCCUCUCUCUUCCAAUGCCUUCCAGAACAGAACGCAAACCCUAAUUUCCGCAAUGGGGCGGAAAUCGUCGCUGCUGAAGCAAACCCUAGCCACGAUCCUCAUCAUCCUCGUCGUCUACGCCUUGCUCAACACCUUCCUCAGUCCCGCCAACUCUUUCUCCUCCGGAUCCUCCAGGCUCGAGAACACUCUCCCCUUGUCCUACGUUAAUUCUGCUUCCAUCAAUGAGUUUUCUCGGGAUAAUAUGCAAAGCUUUCCCGGAAAUUCGGCUCCGCGUUUGAAAGUUUACCUAUACGAUCUGCCCAGGAGGUUCACGCACGGCGUCAUUGAGCACCAUUCCAUGGCCCGUGGUGGGCGACCCGUUAACGACGUGACGCUGCUCAAGUACCCGGGCCACCAGCACAUGGCGGAGUGGUACUUGUUCUCGGAUCUGAUCCGACCCGAACCGGAGCGUGUCGGAUCGCCCGUCGUCAGAGUUCUUGAUCCUGACGAAGCGGACCUGUUCUACGUGCCGUACUUCUCGUCCUUGAGCCUGAUCGUGAACCCGGCCCGGGCAGCUCAGGACCGGGCCCGGGCACUGUACAGCGACGAGGAGAAUCAGGACGCCUUAGUGGAGUGGCUGGAGGAGCAGGAGUAUUGGAAGAGCAACUAUGGGCGGGACCACGUGAUCAUAGCUCAGGACCCAAACGCUUUGUACAGAGUGAUCGAUAGGAUUAAGAACAGCAUUUUGCUGGUUUCGGAUUUCGGGCGGUUGAAGAUGGACCAGGCGUCGCUGGUCAAAGACGUGAUCUUGCCGUACUCGCACCGGAUUAGUACUUAUAACGGCGAUCUGGGAGUCAACAAACGGAAGACGACGUUGUUCUUCAUGGGCGCUCGAUAUCGCAAAGAGGGAGGAAAAAUUCGUGAUUUGCUUUUCCAACUGCUUGAAAAUGAAGAGGAUGUCGUAGUAAGACAUGGAACACAGUCCAGAGAGAAUCGGCGUGCUGCCACACAUGGGAUGCAUACAUCUAAAUUCUGUUUAAACCCUGCUGGUGAUACUCCAUCAGCCUGCCGACUCUUUGAUUCUAUAGUUAGCUUGUGCGUUCCAGUGAUAAUCAGUGAUAGUAUUGAAUUGCCUUUUGAAGAUGUAAUAGAUUAUAGAAAGAUUGCAAUAUUUGUAGAUACUGCCUCUGCUCUUAAACCAGGAUUCUUAAUUUCGACACUGAGAUCAAUAACCACCGAGAGGAUUCUGGAAUAUCAGAGAGAGCUGAAAGAGGUGAAACAUUACUUUGAAUAUGGACAACCAAAUGGAACGGUGAACGAAAUCUGGCGCCAAGUCUCACAAAAGCUACCCUUAAUCAAAUUGAUGGUUAAUCGGGACAAGCGGCUUGUCAGGAGAGGCCUAACUGAGCCGGACUGCUCUUGCGUUUGUUCGAACCAGAGUGGGACAGACACCACCUUAUGAAGCAACUUUAGUCCAUGAUUUUCGAACAUAUACAUAGAAAACGAAUGGGUGCAGUUGUCUUGAGAUACCUACCAGCCUGGAGGAUUCUGCUGUUCCAAGAAACUAAAGACUGAGGAAUACUUGAAGCAUAAGUUUAGCUCGAAUCGAAAAGGUGAUAGUACCCUACCUUUCCUUCCCCCCUUUUCCUUCGGGGGUACUAGGGCUUUGUAGCAGAUGUUGUAGAUUCUUUUUCUUUGUUGUUGAAUAAGAGGCUCGGCAGCUAGUAAAUUAUAGUAAGUACUCGAAUUUGUAAUUCAUUUGUACAUUGUAGAGAAUAAAAAGAUCUCUGUAAUCAUUUAUUCUUUUAUACCACCUCUACUGAUUUUUAUUGCGUCUC